CAGGAUCAUCGGAGAGUUUUGAUGGAGGCUCGGUUGGAGAGGACAAACCCCCCCCCCCCCCCCCGAUGACAGAAAUGGAAAGCUGGGUACUGGGUACCGGGUAUACAGGUUCCAAUCGGAAGCUUACACAAGAAAGGGAAAGGAAAGAAGGAAGAAGAAUAGUGGAAAGAACAGACAGAGAGAGGGUUUUCGGGAGUUAUUCUGGAUCCGAUCUCCCCGGUUUGAUCCUCUUUUUUUUCUUCUUCUGUGUUGUUCUUUUCUGUGCUAGUUUCGGAUUAAGCGCUUACUCUGCCGAGCUCGAAUCAUCUUUGAAAGGUAGGUGGGUAGUAGUAGCUGGGGUUGACUUCUUUUUGUCUAGUUCGAGUAAAGUAUGGAUGGGCCUUGUAGAAAGAAGGAGCCGGUGGGCGGCGGGCCGGCUGGGGAAAAAAUAAAUGGAAGAUUUGCUAAUCGGAUGGAAAGUGUGGUACGCAGAUGGUUCUGGAAAGAGUAAAAAUCUACAAAAUACAUUCCAU